AACAACCAAGAAUUGAACAAUUGGCAGCAUACCUUCUGUGGCCUACUUUGUUUACAACGUUUCUUCUCAACCUGGUAUAGCAUGGGGGACUCAGCUGUCAUUCUUGCCUUCCCUUAUGCUUCAGAUUUAUCCAAUGAAGCCAAACAGGGGAACCCCGCGCUUGCUCUUGAGGACUCGAUUUCUUUUGGAAGGUUUAUGUCCGAAUCCUUGUCGUGGGAAAAAUGGUCGACCUUUUCUCACAAGAAAUACGUUGAAGAGGCCGAGAGGUCUUCACAGCCCGGAUCAGUAGCCCAGAAGAAGGCUUUUUUCGAGGCUCAUUACAAGAGAAUUGCAGCUCAAAAGGCGGCAGCAUUGUUGGAACAAGAAAAUUCUGCUGAUGAACAAAAGAUCCCAGAAGAAGAGGUAGACGAUCAUAAAGAAGAUGUUGAAAAGGUUGAAUUAGAUAAAGUAGAAAGUGUCAAGCUGGAUCAAACGGCCCUGGUGACAGAAAAAGAAGCCUUGAUGGAGACUCCUGUGAAGAAAAUUUUGAUGAAUCAGGUUCAUAAUCUUGAAAACAAUGACACUGUUACUGGAUCAGAGAUUAAUGAUAUACCAAAGGUGGACACAUCUUUGCUAAAGGUGAUAGAAAUUGACAAGGUGGACAGAAAAGAGUCUCUACAUAUGUUUUUCCACCGCUCCAAGUCCCUGAUUGCUCGUCUAGAAAGAGUUGGCGACAGAGAACAGGCAAGAUUUUCCACAGAUUCUGUUUCUUUAGCCUGA